AACAAAUAAAAGAAAACCAUUACCACUAGUUUAAUAAUAUAAUUGUAAUAAUCUAGUUUUAGGUUGCCCAUACAGUAUCUGCAUAUAUAUAUAUAUAUAUAUAUAUAUUGAUCAAGUUAUCUUCCAGUAAAGAUUAGGAUUUAGGAAUAGAAGGAAAAAUUAAAAUCAAUCUGUCUGGUUUUAUACCUAUUUUAAUCUUUAUCUAUCUAUCAAUCUUUACCGCUCUCUCUGUCCUCUGACUAAAAAGAAAUGUUUACCCAUCACCAUAAUCAACCUGAAGCUGAGGUCCCAAAACCAAUUUCGGAAAACACUUCAGCCUUUUCAGCUCAAAACCAUCAACUACGCAGUGAGACCGCAAACGGGUUUUCACCGCCACUCACCGCCACCGCCAAGUCUUAUCCUUCAGCAACCGCCAAAUAUGAGCAAGUCGUUCAAAGUUCGGACCUUUUUUGGGAAAAGCUCAAGGAUUUCCACACUUCCUUCGGAACCAAAUUCAUGAUUCCUACAGUAGGAGGCAAGGCUCUGGAUCUACACCGCCUUUUUGUAGAAGUCACUAAUCGUGGUGGCAUUGAAAAGGUAAUCAGAGAUCGAAAAUGGAAGGAAGUGAUUGUGGUCUUCAAUUUUCCAACAACAAUUACCAGUGCUUCAUUUGUUUUAAGGAAGUACUAUCUAUCCCUGCUUUAUCACUUUGAGCAAGUUUAUUAUUUCCACAGACGAGUUCCUUCAUUCUCAAUGCAUGAUAAUGUAAACAGUAACCUAGCUGAUGGUUUGGGAACCCCAGAGGAUGGUGAUGCUAAAAACCAGUUAACCGGUCUGGGCCUGGAAUUGCAGCCUGGCUGUUCUGUUACAGGAGCAAUUGAUGGAAAAUUUGACAGUGGAUAUCUGGUUACUGUGAAAGUGGGUUCUCAACGUCUGAAAGGUGUGCUAUAUCAUAUUCCUCUCAACACGUCUAAAAGCAGUUACUCUUUGGAUAUGCAUAAUCGCCGGAACCGGAAGAAAUCCAGGUUAGCAUUACGUGACCCCUCUCGGCCCAAGUCAAACAGGAGUGGUUAUAAUUUUUUCUUCGCCGAGCAUUAUGCCAGGCUAAAACCUAUGUACUAUGGGCAAGAGAAGGCCAUCAGCAAGAAGAUAGGAGUCCUGUGGAACAAUCUCACAGAGGCCGAAAAACAGGUUUAUCAGGAGAAAGGGCUGAGGGACAAGGAGAGAUACAGGACAGAGAUGAUGGAAUACAAAUCUUCCUACAAUUCCACAAAUCAAUAGCCAAAUCCAAACUAUUAGUUUUAGAUAUACUCUUUUAGUUCUUUAGGACAUCAUUAUUUCGAUUGUUGUUGUUGUUGUUGUUGUAGCUUCUAAUAUUUAUUGCUUGUUGUUGUAUUUUAAUGUCACUACUCAUUUCUAUAUUAUAUGCUUCUCUUCGGAAACUGAGAGGGUAGAAAGGGCAUGCAGCUUUGUAAUA